GCUUACGCGCCAUUGGCUGACAUUCCUUUGGCCGGGUGCAUACUUAGGAAAGUGAGGAAAAACGGUCGUGAUCAGUACGCGUGUUCUCUUAUAAUGGAUUAUAUUACACGAAUAUGGUUUAAUUAGCUUAUAUUUAAGUGAUACUUACUAUAUUUUAAUUGAUAAGACGCAAAUGUAGUGUUACUUUAAGAGAAACCUGACAAAUUAGUUCUGAGAAGAUCAACCGACCCAACCUCGUUAAAAUAGAUUGAUCGACAUGGAAGUGGUUGAGGACAAUGAGCUUAAAGUUCUUCGGGAGAUCGCGAAUGACGAAGAACUUGCGCAAAUACCGAAAGAAUUAACGAAAAAAAUUUAUUCAUAUUUCAAUACAAAAUACGAUGAAUUCAUAACUGCUAAGGCUGUCUUUGAGAGUAACCGCAAGAAUUUAGAACAAAACUUAGAACAAACACAAAAAGAGCUCACAGAGCAUAAGGUGAAUCUUGAUGAAUGCAGAGGAAAGUUGGAGUUUGCAGAAAAGUACAAUGCAGAAUCAAGCAGUGAUCUUGAAGAAAUAAAGAAUGAAGUACAUAAGUUACAAGAAUCUAUUCAACGAUUGGAGAAAGAAAAUGGCGAGUUACGCAGACAUAGGGAUACAGUUACAGAUGAUAGAAAUACAUUGCAGUUGCAGGUUGAGAGAAGGGAUACUGAAGUCGCAAGAAUGCGUACUGAAUUAUCUUCUUUGGGCACUCAGCUUCAAACCGCCAUUGCAGCUAAAUGUCAAGUUUUGGCUGAAACUGAAGAAAUUCACAGUCAAAAAAUGACAUUGGAUUUCAAGGAAAAACGACUGGAGCAAGAACGAGUACUUCUCUCCCAACAAAUAGCAGGCCUUGAAGAAGAACUAGCCAAGAGAAACUCCGAACUACAGACAACAAGGUCCGAAGCCUCUGCCAGAGCUUUGUUAACCGACACUAAAUUAUCUCAGCGUGAAGAAGAGGUACGAAUAGCCAAUGAAGCCAAUUCUCAGCUUCGAGAGUCAGUUUCUUCUCUUCAAAAGCGAUCAGACGAAUUAGCUCAAAAGUUGGAAGAGCAACGAAUGCAUGAAAUUACCAUGCACAGUUCAUACCGCGAAGAAAUCACUGCACAGACUAGGUUAGCUGAUUUGUAUAAGUCCAUGGCGGAUGAAGCUAAUGCCAAGGCAGAAGAAUUCUCCGGUGCAGUGAAAGAGCUUCAAGAUUUACUGGAGCAUGCUUCAGAACAGUAUGGAACUUUGGAAACUAAGCAUAAUCAACUGUUGUUGCAACAUAAGCAAGAUAUCGACGACAAAGAGCAGAAUAUUCAGGAGUUAACGAAAGAGUUGGAUCAUGCUAAUGAACUGUUGAAAAAUAUUCAGCAGGAGAGAUUGGACCAAGCUGUUGAACAAUUGGCACCCACAGCAGCUAUAACCAGUCGAGUUUUACGGAAAGGCUUGAGCCUCACACAGAUUUAUACUCAGCUAGUCGAAGUUACCGAUCAGUUGACUCAAGAAAGACAAGAAAAUGAACGCCUGAAAUCUCAGAUGGACGUGAUUCUUUGUGAAUUGCAACAGAAGGCACCAUUGCUGCAGCAACAACGUCAAGACUACGAAACAGCUAUGACGAAUAUAGAGAUGCUAACUAGCAGGCAAGAUGAAAUUCUUGCCGAGAAUCAACGUCUUCUUGAGAGCUCUAAUGAAGCUAAACGUCUUGCUAGUCACAAUGGUAAAGAAAAUCAGAAGUUGAAGAUAGAACUCAGCGAUUUGGCUAGACAAGUAUGUUAUCUUCUCAAAGAAGUUCAAGAAAGUCGUACCGGCACUCACGUGGAAACUCGAGACUCGUCUUUCCGAGACGCCUCCAUUGAUACAGACAACAUCGUGUCCUCACAGAUCAUUAGUAAGAAAUUAGUGACUUUCAAGGACAUUGAAGAAUUGCAGGAGAACAACCAGAAGUUAUUAGCUGUCGUCCGCGCAUUAUCGUCUAGACAAGAGGAGAUCGAGCGUGCCACAGACGAGAUAAAUUCGGGUGAGAUGAAGGAGAAGCUGGAUAAUUAUAAGGAGCAAUUAGCAGAUAUGCAGGCUGCUCAGGAUCGGCAGGCGAAAAUGGUGGAUAAUCUCCUGAAGCAGAGAGAUAUGUACAAGAAUUUAUACCAGCAAAAUCUAAAGAAUUCCAACGAAAAGAAGGAUAUGAUGGAAGUGGAUGAUGAAGAGGGUAAAUCGAAGACGAAAGAAGACCCAAAGAUAAUGAAAGAUGACAAAGACAAAGAAAAAGAAGAGUGGUCCAGGAAGUUGAAAGAAGCAGAGAAUAAAAUUAAGCAGGUUUCAGACGAAUACGAGAUAUAUCGUAAAGAACGAACUGCGCACGAAAAGAUGUUGAGUGAGGAGGUGGAAAGGCUUAGGAAAGAGGCGGAAGCAAAUUCGGCGAGAUGUUGCAGACUGAAGGCGCAACUGGACUCAGCAAAUGAGAGAUUCACGCUUCUGCAGGGCAAUGUUUCUUCGUACAAGACUCAAAUUAAAGUUCUUGAGGAGAAAUGUAACAAUUACAAUGUUACUAUCGGCAAGCACGAACAGAGCAUCAUGAUCCUGAAAGAUGAGACGCUUUCCGCCCAGUCUCGUUUAUCCCGGGCCGAAGUUCAACUGGAGAACCUUCGCCACGAACGCCAACUCCUCCGAGAUUCUGAAGGACGAUUGCUGAAGGAGCGAGAAGUCUAUCAAAGAGAAAGACAAACGCAGGCUUUGCUUAAAGCAGAUAUGGAGUCCAUCAAAGCCAGCUUAGAACGAGUUCAAGCCGAAGGACAGCUCAGAGCUGAGCAGAGACUCGAUGACGCUAACAGAGAGUGCGCUGCUCUUCGACGUCGCCUUCAAGAAGAACAAGAUCGUUUCAGAGAAUUAGCAGCGCAUCUGGAAAGGCAACUGACGACUAAUCAAGAAAGAUUGAAAGAAGAACGUGAAUUGAACGAAAGGCUAAGGACGGAAGUAGAUCAGUCUAAACAGACUGAAGCUGAGAGCAGUCAGAAGAUUGGAGAAUUAGGAAACAAAUUGAAACAGAUGGCUGCUCAUUAUAUCGAGAAGCCCUUGACAGGGGACGAGAAUCUGGUGAAGAGAGUUAAGGAAUUGGAGAUACAACUGGAUACCUACCAAGCUGAAAUAAGAUCGCUCUCGGAACAAUUGAAAACUGCCAGACAACAAAGUCAGCAAUACUGCGACAUUGCUGAGAGCGCUGAAACACAGCUGCGUGAGUUAACAAACGAGUACAAUAAAUACAAGAGUGAAAUGGAGAAGGCUCUGAAGGACUCGCGUGUGGAGAUCAUUUCGUUGCAGAAGAGAGUGAAAGAUCUUGGCGACGAUUUGGCAAAGAUAUCGAAUGGCAGGCAAGAAACCGAUUCUGAAUUGAGAGAGAGACUGAUUGAGGCUGAGAGAAAGGUCGAAGAGUUGGAUGAAUUAAAGGGCGAAUUGGAGCUGUUGAAGAGUGACUUGAAAACUACUGCGAUCGCGGCCAAAGAAGCGGAAGAAAAAUACGCUAGGGAGAUGGUGCUGCACUCAAGCGAUUUGCAAGUUCUGGCUAAAUUGAAGGAAGAAACUCAGCAGAUUCAACAGCAAUUCAACACCUUGACCCAAGAGCGAAAUAUGGCAAUAGAAUCUCUGAAAAUCGAAAAGUCAGUCUUUAAAGAAAUGGAGCAGAAACUGAUGAAUGAGAUAAGUGAGUCUCAAAAAAGAAUUGAUGAUCUUGACACACAAAAUGCGCUCUUGCAUAAUCAGAUUCAGGAGUUGGGCGAUCGAGCAGCUGUUAUGCAGAGUCAACAGACCAAGUUCACCGGACGGGAGAGCCCUAAUACCAGUUUCGAAGCUAUAAACAAGAGUUUCAGUUCUUUGGACGAAGAUUCCAACUCGGUCGAGCAGUUACUAAGAGUUAUGAAAUACCUCAGGAGAGAGAAGGAUUUGGCAUUAGCGAAAUCUGACGUUCUUAGGGCGGAAAAUCUUAGACUGAAAUCACAGGCUGAAGUAGUAGAGAAACGGCUCAAAGAGACCGAAGCUUUGUUGAGUUCUGAGCGAGAAAAAUCCGAGAUUGACGUUGCGACCACGUCUAAGCAUGCAGAAUUACUACGUAAAGUGGAGACUUUGAACGCCAUCACUGAUUCUAAUCGGAUUCUCAGGGAAGAGAGGGAUAACUUGAGCGUGAAAGUAAACGAGCUCACAACCAAAGUUAACACUUUGUCGGAAGAAGUUGUGCCUCUUCGAGAUAUAUCUCGAGAUCUAACAGCCAAAACUGAAGCUUUGAUAGAAGAAAAUACCAGCUUGAAGGGCGAAGCGACUAGAUGGAGGCAGAGAGCGAACACACUGUUAGAGAGAGCGAAUAAGGCUAGUCCUGAAGACUGGAGACGAUUGCAAACCGAAAGAGAGAACCUGAGUAAAUUGCUAACUUCAGAGAGGGAGACUCACGCGAAACGAACCGACGAAUUUAAUCAGAUGAAGAUGGAGAAGACGAAACUUGAAGAGCAACUAACGCAGUUGCAGAAACAGGUACAAGCGCAAACUGAAGAAGUAUCUCGAAUAUCUGAAGAAGCCCGAAAAUUAAGCCAAGAUCUUAACGAAGCGCUGGCAGACUCUACCUCGAAGGCUAAGGAUCUGGUUUCCCUUCGAAAGGAGUUGAGCGACAAAGAAGCUGUUGUUAACGACAUUAGAAAUAAAGAGAUUCAAAUCCGAAAAAUAGCUAAGAAAUAUAAAACACAAUUUGAGGAAUUGAUGAAGACCGUCGAAGAGGAGAAGAAUCGCAACGAAGAAGCCAGGAAUGAAGAAACUUCCGCCGCGAAUACGCAAGAACGCGAAGACCAAUUGAGAGAAGAAGGUCGUCAAGAACUCCGUCAAGUCAACACCGAACUCACGACGAAAGUGGAUGAGUUAACUCGUCAAAUAACGACGUCUCAGAACGAAGCUGAGAAUUUAAGAAAAGAAAUCGAGACUUUGAAUCGCAGCAUCGUAGAAAAAGAGGAUAGGGCAAAGCAGGUACUUAAAGGUGCUAGGACGAAGAUCAUGCAAUUGACAGAAUCGAAGAAAAUCUGCGAGAAAGAAUUAAUAGAUUUAAAGUCUAGGAUAGAGUCCGCGGGUAGCAGCGCAGGUGUUCAAGGUGAUCCCGAGGCGGAACACGACAAUCGAUUGACAGCAUUAAAAUCACAAAUGGAUGGUCGUAUUUCCCGAUUAGAGCACGAGAAAGCAGAAAUACAGGCGGAGAAAGAAGCUCUAUUGCAGCGGGUUAAUCAACUCCAGAGACAAUUAUCUGGUGUGAGUGGAGUUAGCGCAACUACAGAGCCACCCACCGCAAAUAUCAAGCCCAUGUCCGCUAGAGCAGAGACUCCUUUAGCUAGCAUCAGACCGAUGAGUGUGGUGCAAUCUAGAACAGCAGCGGUGCUUCCAACCACAGCUAGCGCACCGGUAAUGGUCGCGCCACACCAGAUGCAACAGCAACAACAACAGCAGCAACAGGUGGUACACACUACGGAGACGAGCUCGCCGACUAGCAGUUUGACAGAUUUCCAGCCGGCGAGUACUAGCAGUUCAUCGCAGGGUGCGCAAACCAGUAGCCUUCGUCAACUGGUGGUACAACCACAACUCAGUGAGUCUGCUGAAUCUACGCAAAGAGAGGAUCCGGAGAGUGUCGAGACUCUAAGUGUACAGCCGCAACAGCAGCAAUGCCAGCAACAACAGCAACAGCAACAGCAAACGGUGGCACUAGUUAGUCCGAGAGUGGAACAGCAGCAGCAGCAGCAGGUCGUCGUCAGCGACCAACAACAAACUGUUGCGAGUAGCUCCACGCAGUCGGUUAGCACGUCGCAAGCUUCUACGGGACUCAAGAGGCCUCGUGGCCUGGAUUCAACAGCUUCUGGUUCCGGAAUUGUCGAAGGAGUAGACCACGGACGUCAGGAGCAAACUCAAAGUCCGAAGACUAAACGAAGCAGACAAGACAUGAGCGCUACAGCAAGUGCCAGUGCUUCGGAAGUGGAAUAUCAGGUGCCUACAUCAAGUCAGAGGGACCAAGAUGAGGAAGUAGAAGAAGGGUGUGUGGUAAUAGUAGAUUGCGAUGAAGGCGAAGGUGGUGGCAAUCAUCAGACACAAGAAGAAGAGGAAUUCGAUAAUGACCCGUAUGAAGAAAUGGAGGAAGAGGAAGAAAUGCCUUAUGAAGUGGAAGUUGAGGUUGAACGAGACAACAACGAAGUGGAGAUCAUUAUGGAAGAGGAUUCUACCAGUGUCGAGGUUCCCAGACAAGCUCAAGCAGCUAUUCCUACCAAUCAACAGCAGUCUGAGGCUAUCAGUAGUGCUGGACCGACCGGAGAACCUCCGACAUCUUUCACAGCAAGAUCAUCUAGAGGAAUCGCGCCUAUGCCCAGGCAACAACAACAGCAACACCUUCUCUUGCCACAACAAGGCUAUGAGGAUGGUGGCGAUGAUUGUAUUGUACCGAGUACUCCCACUCUGUUUGUUCCGCGUCGCGGCGAUGGCUUUGGCGAGGCUGUGAGUUCUCCACAAGUGCCUCAGGGUCGUUUCACCUUUGGAGACUCUUCGGCACCUACUACAGCUUCUUCUACGCCAUCCUUGACAACACCUACCGGUUCUGCUACCAGAACUAUCUUCGGUUCGUCAAGUUCUGCUGUAGCCCAAGUUGUCCAAGAGAGUUUGGACGAUAGCAGAAUGGAUCUAACACAACUGGAAGAUGGUGGAACUGGACGUAGCGUACCUACUACGCCACUACAAGUGUCACCAGCUGCAGAUUUGCCACCUUCGACUAGUAGCGGUCAACCUGAGGAACAAGAAACCACUAUUUCCGUGACACCUGUUUCCGUAACGGCUACUUCUGGUGACAACGCCGAGGAACCCAGUAUUCCCAGCAUUCGUAUCGUCAGUGCUGAUGAUCAACAACGCAGCUCUACAGAAGCUACAGAAUCUAGCGCAAUGCCAAGUGAAGGAGUGAGUUCAGAUGGUGAAAAGCGACCGGAAGAACCGGUGGCUCUGGCAUCCGGCGACGACGAUGCCGUAGACACGGCGGAAGUAACGGAGGAAGCCGGAAGUGAACUUGUCGAGGACGACGUCGAAGAGGAGAACCGCGAAGCAGAAGCGUCACCAUCCAGCAACACUCGCCAGAGGACGAUGGCGGCCAGUUUGGCAGCAGCAAGCGCUUCCAACAGUAAUAGAGGAGUAACAGUGAGAAGAUCACCAAGAUCACCUUUCAGAGCAGCAAGAGGUGCAAGACCUACACCGAUUGUAUGGGGUGAAACUCAAUCAGGUAGAGGACAAACCAUAUUGCGUGGCCAACACGUUGCGAGAGGAGCGACCAAUGAGGGAGGAGGACGAGGGCGAGGAACACGAGGGCGAAGAAUGCGUUCGAAAUAUCCUUACACCCGAUAUUCGUAAUAUCACAGCGACCUUCUGUCCUGUAUGUCCUUUUUUAUUUACUAUAUACAUUCUACAUAGUUUAUAUCAUUGACCUAAGUUCAGGAAUCAACGAAACAUCAGUAAAGAAAACUACAGUCAGCUUCAUGGUCUAUUUUGUUUAUUGUAUAGCAUAGUAAGUACUUUAAUAUGUUUUUAAAUGCAAGUUUUUUUCUUUUCUUUUUUUUAAAGCAUAUUGCGGCAAUUUGCGACAAUUAUUUUUGUAUUAAUUGCACUUCAUGCUUUUUCUUAAUAAAUUCAUGAUAUAAAUUUAAAUUUGACAAUUAAAAUUCUUGAUGUUUACAAAGCUUUUUUUUUAAAUGCUGGAAAAAAGUACAUUCUAACAAAUUCUGAUACAAAAAACAUUUUUCUAUUUUUUUUAGAAAGUUGUGUGAUCACUUGAUAAAUAAAAUAUAAUUAGGCCAAUUUAUAAAUAAUUCUAAUUAAGUACGAAUAUAAAAAAUUUCGGGAAAUAUCAGUUAUAAUAAGUAAUGCAAACUCAAGUUUGAUAAAAAAAAGUUUCAUGCAACAUUUAAUAAAAUACUUUUGAAUCAUA